GGAAUAUUGAUAUAACCUGCAAAAUCCAACUACAUUAGUCUUAUCAGUUUUUAUCAAUUAAAAAAAAAAUAAAUGUUUUUCGUUAGCGGAAGACCACGGACCAUGGCAAAGCUGCUCUAGUUCAAACAUACGUUCUUUCGACAAUUUAAGUUUUUUGAAACCUAGAAAACUACUGUUAGAAAUGGACAGGGAUGAUUUUUUGAUUGAUCAACAGGUAAUCUUAUUUAUAAUUAAUCGAAAUUGCAUUAGGUAAUUGUUGUAUUUUUGAAACAUUAAACACUCAAAUUCUUGAAUGUUGAAUAGUUUUUUCAGUAAUAAUGUAAUGUUCAUUCAGUAGCAAUUUAUAUUCAUAUAAUAUGAUGUGGUUGUGAAGUAUUUUUAUUAUUAAAACGUUUUAAUAAUACAAUUAAUUUUUUUAAGACUACUAGGUUUCUGUUAUAAUGUUUCUUGGUGUUUAAAUCAAUAUUAAUUAUUCAGUAUUAUAUUUCAAUUAACAUUUAUAUUAUUUAAUAAAUUCGGACAUCAAAAGUGUUUUAUAGUUUUAAAUUUGUUUUUAUAUUUAAUUAUCAAAACUAUAAUACUAUAAAUAUACUAACUAUAUAUAGUUUAAAAAAUUAAUUUUUUUUUUUAGAUUUGAUAGGAAUUAUAUGCAUAACAUUUUGGUGAAAUCAGAAUUCACCUAUCGGUUUUCCUUUUUAUGUUAUUGUUAAUAAACUAUGUAAAAACGUAAUAAUUAAUUAUUAUUAAUUAUAAUGUUCUUUCAAUCAUUUGCAUAUUAAAUUAACUCAAAAUUGAUUUUUUGGACUUUAUAUUUCAUUCAAUAUGUAAUAUAAAGAAGUUUUUGGUGNUUUUUUUUUUUUUUUUGGGGGAAAAAAUUUUAAAAAAAAAAAAAAAAAAAAAAAAACAUUGAUAGUAGGAGAGCUGAGGAGUAUGGUGAAAUUAAUAAAACUAUUAGAAUGUCAAAUUAUUGUUAUAAAUAACAAAAUCUAAAAAAAGUCUUAAAAUAUACUUGUUUUUGAUAUAAAUUCUUGGAAUAAUCUCGACAUCUUCAUAAAUAUCUGUCAAUGCAUUUAACUAUCAAACUUAACUUGAGAGGAUGUUCAUGAAUGCAUUUUAAUGUGCUAUGUUUGGCAAUUGGCUCCCAAGGCUGUAAUUUUUCAAUUACUAUCAAAGGAACCGCCCCUUUGGCGUUUUUAAUCAAAUAGCUUAUAAAUAAAUGCCUAUCAAUAAAAUAUUAGUUAGUUCUGAUUUCACCAAAAACUUAUUUAUAUUAUCACACACCAAAUAAAAAAUAAAGUCUAAAAAAUUAAUUUUGAGUUACUUUAAUAUGCAAAUGAUUAAAAUAACAUUAUAAUUUAGUUUAUUAACAAUAACAUACAAAUUAAGUACGAUAGGUGAAUUUUGAUUUCACCCAAAUUUUAAGCAAAUAAUUAGUAAUUACAACCAUUAAAAAAUUCACACAUUUUUUGAUAAUUGCUUUCAAAUAAAGUUUAAGUGACUUUUUUUUGAAAGUACCAUCAAAUUAAGCAUGUAAAAACACAUAUUUUGGAAAUCAACUCCAUAAAAUUUCUUGGGAGUUAAACUGUAUUUAUGCCUAUAAUUUUAAUGUUAGAGUGUCAAAUGUGUUGUAAAUAGAAAGGUAAUAUAUUUGCAUACAACAAAUUUAUUUAGAUUUAUAAAAAAUGCAUAAUAACCUAUGUAUAUAUUAUUAAAUUUCAUAGCAUUGUUAAUUGUAAUUUAAUAAAUCAAAUAUUAUACACAUUUACAUAUUAAUAAUAUGUAUGCAAAGUGUAUCUAUUUAUUUUUUUAUUUUUUUCCAUUUUUGUGUAAUCAAAUUUAAAAUAACUGAUAUUGCAUUUGUACAAAAAAAAAUUUAAUUUCAAUGAGCUUCGACAUUUUAAUUUUCUAAAAACCAUCUGAACCUAUUGAUGGAUACCAUUCUGAGUUAAAUAUUGUUACUAAAAAAAGUUUGGUGAAAUUUAAACUUCAAUAUUUAAAUAUUUUGUUCAUUUCAAAUUUUUUUUUUUUUUACAAAUAUGAUUUUAAAUUGAAAUUUCAAAGGUAUGCAUUUUUAAAUGUAUUUUGUAUUGUUUAGGAGAAAUUUGAUGAUGAAUUCGAAGAAGAAAUUUAUGACGAGGAUAAAUAUGAUGCACUUAAUGAGGAAACAUUUGGAAAUGAUAUGUCAGGUAAUAUAUUGGAGUUUUAGAGUGUGGACAUCUUUAAGCCAAAUUAAUGGAAAGGGAGAAAGUUAAAACCUCAAUUUGUAUAGUUAUUAUUAGGACUCUGAAGUUAUAAGAGCUAAAAUAAUAAUAAUAUUAAGACCUAAAAAAACAAUUAUUAAAAAUUUAAAAAAAAAUAAAGAUUAAAUAUUGUACAACUGCACACAAUUUAUAAAUAUAAUAUCACCAAUAGUUAGAAAUAUGUCUCCGUAUUUUAUUAAAUAUUUUUAGAAAUUAACUUUCUUUAGCAUUUUAAUGAAAUGAUGAAAUAUAAUUUUAUAUUUUUAUAAACCGAAUUUAAAAACAUAAAUUGUCCUAAAGUGUUAUAUUGCUCUCUUGUUAGGUCAGUAAUUUGGAAUCCUAAAAAAAAUUACCUAAUUGUUAAACUUGAAAAACUCCAAGACCUUUUUCAAGGAUGAUGGCAUACAAAUUAAUUAUAAUGGAUGUCCCCCUAGAUACCUUGGCUUGUAGAAUUUGGUGUAGAAUUAUUGGCCUCUAGAAGGUUAUAAAAUGACAUUGUUAUAGCUUUUGUACAUAAAUGAAUAAAUGGUAAAUUAUCCUGUCCAGAAUUUACCAAGAUAAACUUUAAAAUUUCAACAUUCAACUAAAGAAAUAAUGGUCCUUUUUUAGUACCACAAUGCUCCACAAAUAUAAUAAAAUUAAUUCAAAAUCAAAUAAAAUCAUUCAAUUGAUGAAUUAAGGAGUCAUGUACAGGAUACAGUUUACCUGUAUAUUAAACAGAUUUUAUACCUUUUGGUCUCAUAUAUAUGUACUGAUUUUUCUGUUUUCAUCAUUUAUAUGCCUAUGUACUUUUCUAGGUCUAACUGAUGGUACUAUGUUUACUCUAUGUUCUUCACAUAUUUAUGAAAUUUUGUUAUAAUUUCCCUUAUAGAAACAGCUAUCUAAUUAUAUUUAUUUCAUUGCUAAACAAAAAGAUUUAAUUUCUAACUAAUUUUCUAAAAAUAAAUAGAAUGUUGAAAUACUUGAUUAAACAGACUAAUUUUAAUUUUGGCUAAAUAAUAAAAAUUAUUUUUGUAUUCAGAAACAAAUAAUGAUAUUUUACCCUUUUACAUAUUUUUAAAUAUGUAUAAAGUACAUUAAUACAUAAUAAGGUAUUCCUCAAGGUUUUUAAUAAAUUUAUAAAUGAUCUUCCUAAUGUCAUCACUAAUUCUAAUAUUCUAAUAUUUAUAAUCUGUUAUAAAAACUAAUCAAGAUACAGUUAACUUAAAUUAGGUAUCAAUAACUUGCUUGCAUAGUGCAAUAUUAAUAAAUCUUAAUAUAUGCAUUUUUAUCCAAUGAAAAAUUGAAUUAACUCUUUAUAUUAUAUCUCUGAUUCUAAAAUUAAACUUAUUUCUUAAUUUCUUAACACUGUCUUAAAUUUUCUUGAUUUUUCAUUAUAUCGCUCUCAAGUUUCUCAAAAAAAUUUUACUAGGUUCUAUCCAUUGUCAUCAGUUGCCGUCUUUAAUUAACUUUAAAUCCAAUUGCCUCAAUACAAGAUAUUUCAAACCAUUUCACAAAAUAAUUUCAAAUAAAAAUUUUAUUUUAUUUUCCUCUGUUAACUUAGUAAUUACUGCUGGUAAUUCAUACAUUUUUGAUAAAAUUUAUUGAUUCUUGUUAAUUGCAUUUAUCUUAUAUAAUACUUUGUCUUUUACUGUUCUUUUCCUUUUAUUUUAUAUUCAAUUUAUUAUUAAUGAUUCACUAUUUCUGUUCUGCAUUAUUUAUAAUUAUGUAUAGGACCCCUGUCCAGUUAUUGUAAAAUAAAACAAGAUAUAUACAUUUGUUUUUGAAAAUGUUAAUUUUAUUUAUUAUCUAUACUUAAUAGAUUAAUAAGGUGCACAGUUAGCCUGGGCCUUGGCCUAGGCUGUAGUUCUAUCUAUGAGUGCAUUAUAAUAAUUUAUUAAGUACAUUUUAUAAUUUCAAUGUAUAAUUUACAAUAUAUGGUUUGCUAUUUUUGAACAGACGGGGACUGGGAAACUGGUCAUGAAAAAUAUGUAAAAUUUGAUGAAGUUGCUAAAAAUCGUUGGCCUCAUGAACGUGUAAGUUUAAGUGUUAAUAAAAUAACAAUAUGAUUAACUAUUUAUAUCAUUUUUAUUAGGAACCACCAGAGCCAAAUGUAUUCACUCAGCCUUUAAAAACAUUACCAGAGCUUGAAAGAGAGCUGCAGAUGCAAAUUAAUACAUAUAAUCACCAUUAUGAAAUUCCUGGUCCAAGUCCAGUAAGUUAUAUAAUAAAUAUAUAUUUCCAAAAAUGUUGACACUUAGUAAAUGUUGAUAACAUCUAAUAUGUUAAAGAAAUUAUACCCUUGCAUAGUACAUGUUAUCAUUUCCCUUCAACAUCAAUGUUCUUAGCUGUCAUCAUGGGGUCAUAUAAUACAUUUAUUUUUGUUUUCACAAAUAAAUACAAAUGUGUUUCUUACAUAUAUGUCUAUAGACCUGCAGCAACGAGGCCUGAUUCAAGUUCCAGCUAUGUUGCACUAGAUAGUUUUGUAGUUAGGAAAUGAAACUUAUUUCUAUAACAGUGGCCAUGGCACUAUUAUGAAUGUUAUUUACUGUAUGUUUCUUAUUGUAUGUACCUAUAUUAAUUUGUUUUGUGUCAAUAUAUCACAUCCUUAUAAAUUACAAAAUUUUGUUUUCUUCAAAAGAAGACUCAACACUAGUGGAACUUAUAAGUCUCAUUGCGUUUGUAGAUUUAUAAUUAAUUUUUGGUUUUUGUUUAAAUUGAAUAAAAACCUUUAGAAAACUAAAACUUAGAAUAAAUAAAAUAAAUUUGAAGACUACUAACUGUUCACUACAUGAUUUGUGAGUAUAGGAAUUGCACCUUAAGGGUUUCCAUAACAUUACCUAAUUAACCAUGGGAAUUAUAACAAGUACUAAUGAUAUCAUUUGGUAAUCAAAUUAGGAAUCCAGAAUAAAUUGUCAUUGUCAUAAUUUAUAUAUGUAGUAUGUCCAAUAAGUAUAAAAAGUUUUAAAUUAAUACUUUUAUUUAUCAUAAUUUACUAUACAUCAAUUGUAUCCUCUUCAAAAUACUCUCCAUAGCAAUGCAUUUAUCUCAUUGGUUUCAUUGAUCAAAACAUCCCUAAAAGUCCUCAGCUGUCUUGUUGUUUCGCACUUCAUGGUUUCUACAUCAUCCCAGUUGUGCCAGAGCAAGUUUAAGUUCAAGGCCCUACUCAUUAAACCAUGACUUAUCACCACCAGUGAUAAUCCUUUCAAGAUAAUUAAGAGUAUUUACUCUUUUGGCCUCAAUUUUUGAUCCAGUGUGUGUAUCAGAAGCUUAAGGACAAUUUAUGCGCACAAUUUUUUCAGUCCUAAAAUUUUCUGUCAAAAAUAUUGUGCAUAGAUGAUUUUCCAAUACUCAACAUAUCAGCCAACAUGUAAACAGUCAUUCUUCGAUCAGAAAGCACAAGAGACUGCACAUGUCCAAUGUUUUGGUUGUCACAAAUGAUUGAAGGUUUCAUAUUGUCUUUGCAGUCUUUACGGUCCUCUUGGAAGCGCUUAAUUCACUUAAAAAGAGCUAUUUUCCUUAAAGCUCUAUCUCCAUAAACAGUACUUAAUAUUUCAUGACUUUGUAGAUGGGUUUUUACAAGUUUUAUGAGGAAUUUGAUGGUUAUUCUUUAUUCAGUUGAUCCAUUUAUCUCUAUUUUGACAAAAAAAAAAAUUACUAAACACUAAAACUGCUAUUUGUAUAGCAUAUUGGCCAGUUACUGUUGCAUUAUUGGUAGUAGUAGCGUGUGCCCAGAAUAGUAGAAUGGUGUUCUUUGACUCUUAGCCCACUGUAGAUGACCAACAUGUUUAUGGGACAUACUAUGUAUAUUAAAUUGUCUUAAUUAAUAUAAGUUAUACAGGAUCCAUCACCCGAAAAAUGAUUGACUGUUAUGGAUUAGCAGUUGACCUCAGAUUGUGAGAGAUGAACACCCUAUUCCCUAAAGUCAAUACUUCGCCUAGCCAUAUUAGACAAUUGAAAAUAUAUGGUUUCUAUCAGUGACAUAACUAGAGUCCAAAUCCAAUUGUAUUGUAUAAUAUUAAAUUUUAGAUUCUGAAUGUAGAAAAGAAUUUGUAUUGGUUUUACAAAGAUGUUCAAUUUUUUUUAUACUAUGUACAAACAUUCUACCUGAAAUCUUAAUUCUAGGUAUCAAGUAUAGCUUUUUUUCUGAAAGGGAAUUUUUCUUGGGUACUUAAUUAAGGUAAUUUUUUGAUUUUCUCAAUAAAUGGGAAAAUAAAUACAAUAUUAAACAAAUGAAGGGUUAUGGGGAAGACCGAUAAUAGUCAGUAUUCCUAAAAUGUUCAGUAUUGCAGUUUUAUAUCACUUUGUUAUAUCACUGACUGUAAUCUUUAUACCCCAACCGAUUCCUAUAUAACACAACCAGUAGCAUAGAUAAUUGCACAUGUAGACUGCAGAUAAGGUAUAGCGGAGUGCCCUAGUAGUGAAUGCGCGCAAAAUUUAGUUACACAUACAUUGAAGCAAAAAAAAAAAAAAGCAUUAAAACCAAUACAUUCCUCACUUCACUCAAAAUCUAAAAUUAUUAAAAGAUAUUAAUUAUUUACUUAAUAUUUGUCUUAUAAUGAUGUAUAAAUAGUUAACUAUUUUCAUAAUCCGUGUUCAUAAAAUUAUUAAUGAAUUAAGUAAUUUUUGGAAGUUUUGGUAUUUAAAAUUAUGAUAUGAUAUCUAGGGCUGCUUGAAGUUAAGUUGUUGGUGCUUAAGAACCUCCUCCAUCCCUGGUUUCUAUGACAGAUUCUGUGUAAUACAUGUGUACAUAGUAGUUAUUUUGAAUACAUUUAAAUUUAAUCACUAUAUUAAACAUAACUGAAGGUUUACUGUUAAUAAUUAUUUAUUUUGGAAUUAGUUUCAACAGCAUUUCCAAUAUCAACAUAAUUUCAAUUUUGUUAACCAACAUUGUGCUCCAGUUAGACCAACUCUAGAAUCAAUCCUUCCAUUACAAGUAAUUAAUUUUAUAUUUUUAAGAUUUUUUAAAUAAAACCAUAAAAAUAUAUACAUAUAAUAUUUAUAUUAAUAAAUUCACAGUUUUAUGGAUUUUGAGUUUUAUACUUUAUUGUAAUAAACUCAGAAGUACUUUAGUUAUUAGUUAAUUAGGUAUAUUCAUUUAAUAUAACUGAACUGUGCAUGAUCAUUAAAAUAGUUACUCAUAAAUAUAUUAUAUUUUUAUUUAUAACAGUCCAUAAAAAUGUUAAAAUAAAGCUGGAAAUUUUAAAGUUUUAAUAAUUAAGAAAAUAUAGCAUGCACAUUUUCCAACUUUUAUUUGCUUCUAAUAUAUAUGAAUAUAUAUGUGUAUAUUUAUAAAAAGUUUUGUCUAAGACUAAUGAGUAUUAUACAUAUUAUAGUUUGAAUCCUUGUUGGAAUUCAAUAAUAAUAUGUUAGGUUACUUUUUAUAGCAUAAACGCAUGGCUAAUUAGCUUUUGUUAAUAAAUCAACAAAAGAAACUAAUAUGACCAUCUAUAAUAAUUUUGAAGAUUUUUAAAAAUUAUUUUUUUCAUAGAAUGUGUUCAAUGCCCCUCCAGGGUUCAGAGAUAUACAUGGACGUUUAGAAGAUAAUUUGACUAAACCUCCUCAAAAACUUUUUUCUCCCGCCAUAAGUGUUACUGACUUGGAAAGACAAAUGGUAUUUUUUUAUUUGAUUACAAAUAUGUAGUAUUAUUUAUUAGUAGAAAAGGAUUAUCAAUAUACUAAAAUUUGAUUGAAAUAUUCUUUAAAAAUUAUUUUAAAACAAAAUAUUUGUAAAAGAAAUGAUAUUAAAUUGUUGUAAAAAUUUGUCAUAAUUUCAAUAAGCACUAUAAAUGUUUUCACAAUUUAUGAUCUUGGCUUGUGAAUUGUAAAUCUAUUUUAAUUUAUUAAAAUAAUGACAUUAAAAAUUAUUUACAGAUUGAUGCUGUUAAAGUUCGACCAACUUACAGUAACCCUGUGGAGGAAGUGACUCAAGGAUUUUUAGCUCUUUAUCCAUAUUAUAAACAAAAUGCCCCUCCUCAGUAUAGUUUACAAUUACAAACCCCAGUACAUACACCAAAAAGUAAUAAUUUUGGAUUUUAUUAAGAAUCACUUAUAAUUAUUUCUUGUUGGAUCUGUCUUAAAGUUAGUUAGUAAUUUAUUUUAUUAAAAUAACUAUACAAUUUGUAUUUAUUAAAAAAAUUAAAUAAUUUAAAAUUGUUUUGAACUAAAGCAACAAGUAACAGAAAUAAUUUUAUUUAAAAUGAAAAAUAUUUUAGUAGAAUGUUAAAACUAUAUAAUAUAUUUUAUAACUAAAUAAAUAAUUGAAAUUGAAAUGAAAUUAAUUUAAAUAUAUACUGGUUUUUAAUUUCAGAUUUUUCAAGGAAUAAUUUUCAAAGGAACCUAAACAAUUAUAAAAAAAUGAACAAUUUUGUGGGCUAUCAAAAUUAUAAUAAAUUGGUGAGUUGAAAAAAAAAAAAAUUUCCUGUUUAAGAUGUCCAAUGGUUUUAUUGUUUAAAAUUUGAAUUUCUUACUAAAUAUAUUAUUAAAAUUUAAAACUAUUUAUAUUUUAUUAAUUUUUGUUAAUAUUAUAAAAGGGUGAUAUAUUUUCAGAAAAAUUUCACAGAAGAAAGAACAAAUUAUCAAGAUCAUGGAGCUGGUUUUAUGACACUUAGAGAAAAACAUUGGUUAGCUGGAAUACAAACUAUACAGUUCCAUCAUAAUAAUCCAUUAGAAGAAGAUUAUUAUUUUACGGUUAGUGUAUAUGUUUUUGUGUGUUAUUUAGUUUUGUAAUGUGUCUUUUCGCGCCUUUAUGCUUCUCUUUUUAGAUCACACAUUGUUUAUUUGGUCUUAAUGCCAUGAUAUUUUAAAGUCUGCAUUAUAAAUUAUUUAAUAACAAUACAAAUACUAUUAUUAUGUAUAUAAUGUAAUAUUGAAUGGUUGAUUAUUAUUAUAAUAUUGAUAUUAUACGGAUAUUAUGCUAUGGAAAAUAACUUUAUAUUGUCAAAUUUAAUAUGUUUGUUAUAGUCUAAUGGCAAUACCUUUCUAUCUAUGUUGACUCUGAUGAUAAAUGUUAGUCCGACAUAGUAUGCUUUUGACUUAGGUAUAAUUAUGUAUAUGGUACCCACCAAACCUGAUUUCUGGAAAAACUAGUUUAUCCUUUACACCAGAUGUGUCAAGCCUUUAAAACACUGAUAUAGAAAUAUAUAUACAUACAAAUGUAUGGUCUAACUGAUACAGAACAUUAAAUCUAUUCCAUUCAAGUUUUUUUUUGUGCAACAUUUUGUUUUAACAAUAAUAAGAAUUAAAAAUCAUUUUCAGAUGUUCAUAUUAUAGUUACUGUUGAUAUAUUUUGGUGUAGAUAGUAUACAACCCAAGUUCCACAAAUUGUUUGUAUUUUUUACCCUUUAUCCAAACACAGAAAUAACAAAUGCAUUUUGGGUGUACCUAGAGUCCCAAGCCAUCACUGGGACUAUGUUAAUAUCAAAAUACCCCUUGAUUUGUUGUGCAAACUUUUCUACCAGAAAUCUUGCUCUAAUGUAUUAAGUGUAGCUUAUUUUCUGAAAGGAAAUUUUAUCUACAUGGUACUUAAAGGAGGUCAUUUUUUGAUUUUUCAAGCAGUUUUCAUAAUAUCUGGGAAAACCCUGGAUAAAAUGUAGGCAUUAGUAAAAAAAUAUUAUGGCCUAUUUUUUUCUGCGCACAACUUUUCUACUAAAAUUCUAGUUAAGCUCAGAUUUACAAUGAUAGUACUUUUUCUUAAAAGGAAUCUGACUGGGAAGGUUCUUUAAGGAAAUCAUUUUUCAAUUUUCCCAAGAGUUUUCCCUGCAAGUGUGAACAACUAGGAAAAAACCAGGAAAAUCUAUACAAUAUUAAACAAAUAUUAUGAAAGAAAAUAUAUAAUGUCUAUUUAAUUGUUUAAGAUUUUGUUUAUGAAAUCACUUUGAUUUACCAAUUUUUUUAAAUUUAAUCUAUGUAAUACCUCACUGAUUUUUUGCCUAGUAGUACUUUAUAUGAAACUUUUUUUCUAGAUUCCUAAUAGUUAGUACAAAAAAACUGUCAGGAACCUAUCAAAAUAAUUUCUGCUAAAACUCUUGAUCCAAUCAAAACAUGACAAGAGACCUUUUUUGUUACAUUUUAGCUCUAGAUAGUACUUUAGAAAUGUAAUUUUUUUAAAUUCUCAAUAUUCGUAAUAACAAAAAAAACUGAUCCAUUUUUAAAUUAUUAAAAGAUUAAAGAUAAAGUUAUUAUUGGCAACCAUUUUCAUUUAUUUUAGUUUCUGAAAAAAGCGAGGAAUGUAUUUAUUGGUUCUACAAUGAUGUUUAUUUUUAAUUCUUUUUUUUUUAUUGUGUAAAAAUAUUUCUAACAGAAAUCUUGCUCUUGUGUAAUUGGGAAAAAUUGGGGAAAACAUAGAAAAAAGAGAAAAUUUAAAAAAAAAAAAAUGUUUUAUUAUCUUAUGUUUAUCAUUUCCAGAUGUGGUAAAAAUUUCAAAACACUUGAGUCAUUUUUGAGCUAUUUAUAGACAUUUUAAGUUUGUGAGUUUUUUAUUUUUAGAACAAACAAAAAUGCUUGGAUAUUUAACAGAUUCAUUAUAAGUUGUACUUAAUGGUCAACAAAAAAAGUUGAGUUUAAUGUAAGGUGUUUUUUUUUUUUUUUUUUUAAGAAUUGUAAUAUUAAAUUUAGAAAACCAUAACUUUUAACUAUUACCACCUUUCAAAACAUGUAUAACUGAACUCUGUUUAGAAUUGUUUUUAGUAAACAAUGGUUUAUUGUUGCUUACAGAUACAAAUUAAUUUCCCUCUAUAUCCUACAUUCUCAAUUUCUCACUAAUAAUAAUGGGUGCACUUAUCAUUCUAAUAUUUCAAACCUUAGCAAACUAAGAGUAGUUCACUAUAAUUAUUGGUCUUUAAAACUGUAUAAUUAUUUUUAUCAGGGGUAAGAAAGGUGAAAGUUUAUGAUACCUUAAGGUAGCUGUAUAUUUUUCAUAACCUGUUGCCUAAGGUAGUAGGAUUUAUGAUUUUCACUUAUUGUUUCUUGUUUUUGGAUAUCCAAACCACACUUAUUUUUAUUGUUUUUCCCAAACUAACUACUACAAAGAAUAUUUAUGAUUCCAAAAAAAAUUAAUUUAAAAUGCUUUUUUAAAUUUACAGAUGUAUCAAAAACGUCAUUAUGGCAACAGUGGAAUGAAAACCAACAAUAAUGCUGGCCAUCAAAAAACUGAUCAACAAUCAAAAUUUAAUAAUUCAUAUACACAACUACAAUUUGAAAAUUCUUUAGGAAAAGUGCUGGUACAUAAUAAUCAUACAAAUUAUAUUAUUUAGAAUAUUAAUAAACUUUUUUAAUUAAUUAUGAUUUCAAUUUUAUAAAAUUAUCAUUAAAUUAAAUAUAUUUUUCAAUGUUUAUUAAUUGUAGUAUUACUAUUAUAUUUCAGAUUGGCAAUGUUAUUACACCAAGAAAGAUGAUUGAUAUCGAGACAAAUAAUUUAAAUUUUGUGCCACCCCCUCCAACAAUAAAUCGUGCUGUGAUUGCCCAAAAAAAUUCAAGACAAAUUCUUUUAGAAAUAGAACAUGUUAGUUGUUUGAAAUUUUAGAAGCAUGUUUUAAUUAUUAUUUCUCUAUUUUAAUACUGUAUAAUUUUCAGAUGUAUAUACCUCUACUAAAAAUUGAGCAUACAUAUUAUGCGAUACGGAACAAAAGCCAAGCCAUGCCAACUGUUCAGAUAUAUAUUGAUGAAUUAACAGAUAUUUUAAACAGCCAUUUAAAUAAUUUAGUAUCUUAUGUUACAGUUCGAAAAGGAAAGGUAAUAAAUACAACGAAUUAAAAGUUUACUUCAAUUUAAGUAUAAUUUAUUUUUCUAAUGUUAGUAGAUAAAUAUUGAUUUUGUGAUAGAUAGUAAAAAUUUAAUUUUUAACAAUUUCUAACACAUUAUUUCAGCAAUUAGUACACAGAAUUCUGCCACAUCUUAAAAAUCCAUCUUUUUUAUGGAGUGAAUUUUUCGGCCCAUCAAUUUGUGCUAUUAUAUCAAAAGAUAGUGAGGACCAGUUGUUGCUGUUAUUUUUACCAUACAUAAGACAAUGGAUAUUUUGUUUAUGUCUUGCAGAAUUGAAUCAAAUUGCAGAAUAUUUAAUGAAAAACCUUUCGUGUGUAGUCAUUAGCGUUGUAAGUAUUUGCACCUUUUAAUUUUUUGUGAUUAUUUUAAACAUUCUGGCAAACAAAGUAUAUUGGAAUAUUUUUAACUUAAAAAAAUUAAUUUUUCAUAAAAUAGUCUUAAAUUUCACUUUUUUGGUAGUUUGGAAUAUCGCUAAUAGCAAAUAUGAUAGAACGUGCAGAAGAAGUGCGACCAACAACCGAAAAUAGAGUAGUAAUGCAAUGGAGUUUGUUUAUUAGAAAUGUUAUUUUAAUAGAGCCGGACACUGAGGAAGUUCAAAGACCUGUGAUUGGUUUGGAUAAAAAGAUCAUUGAAAAACAUUUAAUACAUUUACCAUUUGAUCAAUCUGUUAAUGUAGAAAAAAAAACAAAUUUUAUUCAAAGACUUUGUUUUUUGGUUGACACAAAGAGUAAUGAUUGAUAACAGUGAUAGCCUUUAUUCAUAACAUAUUUUUCAUGUAUGUGUAUAUACAUAUUUUUUGUGUAUAUUUAUAUGUUAUAUGUGUACAUAUAUGAUUUAAAAUGUGGGUUAUAACAUAUAUGUCCUAAUAUGAUUAUGGUUUUUGACUUUAAAAUUCUCUGAGAAAAACAUAUGAAAUCUCUUUUGCUUUUUUUUUCUUUUUGAUUGUGUAUUAUAAAAUUUAAUAAUGUCCGAAGUUUAUUGACUGAAGACUAUUAUUAAUUUACUGUAUUUUGUUGAACAUUUAAGGUUUUUUAUUAGCUCGACAAUUUUAUAUCCAUUUGACAUGAUAUUUUUAUUUUACUAUUAUUAUUGGCUUACAUUUAUACCCAUUAAUACUAUAUUAAUAAAUAGCAAAAUAUAAAACAAUUUAUUACAAUGUUCUCUUUUUUUUAUUAUCAUUAUUAUUGGAUACUUUUUAAACUAAUGUAAUAUGUAUUAUAAUUAUUAAUUACAUAUUUGUUUGUUUUUGCUUCAUCUUUAAUGAAAGGAACAAUUUUUGUAUAACUUAAAUUAUUUUCCAUAAUAGUUCAAUAUCUUAAGUCCUAAAAUUAAUAUUUACGUAUUUAAUUUAAUUUAUUAUAUUUAACAACAUAAUAUAUAUUAUAAUAUGUAGGACUCAGAACUUAAUGUUCUUAAAAAGUACUAAAUUUAACUUAUUUUAUUUGUUUACACAACAUUUGAUGGAUAUGCAUUAUGAUACCUUUAUAAUUAUACACUAAAGUACAAAAAUGAUUAAAAAAAAAAAAAAAUACAUAUAGGUAUUAGUUAUGUGAUAUACCUAAAUCCUAUUUUUUUUUUUUUUUUUUUUUAAAUUUAUUAUGUAUUUUUUGAUAAAUCCCUAUGAUCAUAAUCUAAAAUGUAUAUUAAAUAAUUUUAUAAAAAAAAUAUUUAUAUAUUUAUAAUAUACUUGCCAGCAGCCACCUUUUACCCA